GGCACCGGGCGGAGCUCGGCGGCCGGGCGGCAGCGGCGCUGCGUGGGCACGGCGCCCGCAGCCGGGCCCCGGCCCCGGGGGCGCCGCCUCCGCCCGCGGCUUGUGCACGGCUGGGCUGCUGCUCCUCCUGCUAUGAUGCCUGGGCAGAUUCCAGACCCUUCCGUGACUGCGGGCUCUCUGCCAGGGCUCGGCCCCCUGACCGGACUCCCCAGCUCGGCUCUGACUGCAGAGGAGCUGAAAUACGCUGACAUCCGCAACAUUGGGGCCAUGAUCGCCCCCUUGCACUUCCUGGAGGUGAAACUGGGCAAGAGGCCCCAACCCGUGAAAAGUGAGCUAGAUGAAGAAGAGGAGCGAAGGAAAAGGCGCCGGGAGAAGAACAAAGUCGCGGCGGCCCGAUGCCGGAACAAGAAGAAGGAGCGGACGGAGUUUCUGCAGCGGGAAUCUGAGCGGCUGGAACUCAUGAACGCGGAGCUGAAGACUCAGAUCGAGGAGCUGAAGCAGGAGCGACAGCAGCUCAUCCUGAUGCUGAACCGGCAUCGCCCCACCUGCAUUGUCCGGACGGACAGCGUCAAGACCCCCGAGUCGGAAGGCAACCCGCUGUUGGAGCAGCUAGAGAAGAAGUGACCAUGGGCUGGGAGCAGGAUGAGGAGGACGAGGAGGAGCAUUUGGGAAGAGGGGAGAGAACGAGGGCUCCCAGAGGGCCCUUCCUUGCUGCGUGACAAACUUUACAACGAGGCUCAGCCCAGCCAGCUCUGGCCGGGCUUUUUUUGUGAAACUCCGAUCAGCCACACAAGGGGAAGAACCGGCUGACAAAACCAGAAGGACCAAGCGCUGAGACCAAAGUAGACGCUCGGGUGGGGCUGCCCUGCCUGGGGCCCAGCUUGAAGGAGGCAGGACAGAGACCUCUGGCCAGAGAGACACCCGCACCGAAUGGCCUGGGGCACCGCUCCGGCCUCUGCGCCAGGGCACCCACGGAGGGACCUCAGAGCAGCCAGGAGAAGCCAUGGGGUUGCAAACGAAAUUCGGCUGGGGAUGGAACUCAGAGCCAGACUGCAGCCCGCCUGCCCCCAGCCCUGCCUCCUGACCCUGCUGCGAGGCCGGAGGGGGUGCCGUCGGGAGUGGGGGGGGAGGGGGGCCCUGCCAUCCCUGCCCCACCCCCGGGGUCCAGCGCGGGGGGGCCCUGCCGGAGCGGCAGCCGGGGCACACCCCCGCCGGCCCCGCUGGAGUUUGCUGCGGGCACGAGGCGCGGGCGCCCUUCCAAAGCACAUACUCACCGAAUGUUUACAGACUGGCUGUCCUGGCAGGGCUUUCAACUGCACAUGUUUUUUUAUACUUUCUUUUUUUUUUUUAAUAUUUUUUACAAAAAAAAAGAUUUUAUACAAGCAAUAUAUAUAUGGAUUUCUAUAAUCACUCGAUGUGAUAUAGUAUAAAUAUGCUAUGGUUUGUUUGUUACGAACAGAUAUCUAGCAGUUAUGGCCAUUGUGUGUAACUCCUAAGUACUGUAGUAGUCUCUGGGUGUUGGGGGUGGCCGGGGCGGGCAUGGGGUGCAUUUCCAUCCUGGUAAACCCUUCAUAGUACUCAGUCCUGUAUUGCUCAGUAAAAGUUACUCUUACUUA